AUGGGUUUCUCUCAUCUGAUCCAAAGAUCAAUCGCCAAGAAACUCUUCUCUUCAAAACCCUCUAAUAUUCUACCCUCUUCUUGGUUUCUAGCUGACACUACUGCUAAGUCUUUGCACCAUAAUGGUGGUUUUAAGGGUGCCAAGAUCAGUUAUUUUGAUGGUGAUGACAAUACAAAGAUUUCAAAGAGUUCAUAUCAUGUUAGCUCAGGUGGGUUUAUGCGUGGAGCUGUUUUUUGGGAACCCAAUAAGCCUGUUACCAUGGAAGAGUUUCAUAUUCCUCGCCCUAAAGCUGGAGAAGUUCUUAUUAAGACCAAAGCUUGUGGAGUUUGUCACUCUGAUCUUCAUGUUAUAAAGGGUGAAAUUCCAUUUCCUAUUCCGUGUGCUAUUGGUCAUGAGAUCACUGGCGAAGUUGUGGAACAUGCGGAGCUGACAGAUAGAAAAAUUGUUGAAAGAUUUCCAGUUGGUUCUCAUGUGGUUGGAGCUUUUAUCAUGCCUUGUGGUAACUGUUUCUACUGUUCUAAGGGCCAUGAUGAUUUAUGUGAGGAUUUUUUUGCUUAUAAUCGGGCAAAAGGAACUCUUUAUGAUGGUGAAACUCGACUAUUCCUUCGUAACAGUGGAAAGCCGGUUUUCAUGUAUAGCAUGGGAGGCCUUGCUGAAUACUGUGUUGUUCCAGCACAUGCAUUGACUAUAUUACCAGACUCAUUGCCAUAUGCUGAGUCUGCAAUUUUAGGAUGUGCAGUAUUCACUGCUUAUGGUGCCAUGGCUCAUGCAGCUGAAGUGCACCCUGGGGAUUCUGUUGCUGUGAUUGGAGUUGGGGGUGUAGGAUCAAGUUGUUUGCAGAUAGCAAGGGCAUUUGGUGCCUCAGAUAUUAUUGCUGUGGAUGUUCAGGAUGAAAAACUUCAGAAAGCUAAGAUAUUUGGUGCCACCGCCACUAUAAAUUCAAUGAAAGAAGAUCCUAUUGAAAGGAUUAAGGAAAUAACUGGAGGAAGAGGUGUGGACAUUGCUGUGGAAGCCUUGGGCAAGCCACUGACAUUUUCGCAGUGCACACAGAGUGUAAGAGAUGGAGGAAAAGCUGUGAUGAUUGGACUUGCACAGGCUGGUGCUGUAGGGGAGAUAGAUAUCAAUCAUCUGGUCCGUCGAAAGGUUCAAGUAAUUGGCUCUUACGGAGGAAGGGCAAGGCAGGAUCUUCCCAAAUUGGUCAAACUUGCAGAAUCAGGUAUAUUCAACCUUACCGAUGCUGUUACAAGGAAAUAUGGUUUUGAGGAGGCUGCCAAAGCAUUCCAGGAUCUCAACCAGGGAAAGAUUCUUAGUCGAGCUGUGGUCAAGAUAAUGUAA